ACACUUUAUGUAAAAGUCUCAAAUCUACAUCUCAUUCCACACUUUAGAGAUGGCAGACGUAGAAAGCCACGAAUUCGACCAGGCAAUCAAAAUCGCACGAAGCAGACAGCGUUUCUCCGUAUCAGCCGAAGUAUUCGGAGAACACAAUCUCAAGGGCAAUUUUGUAGCACCUGUACACGAAAAGACCGCAGAAGAGGAGGCGAAGAUUAGGUCCAUUAUUGUCAAGUGUUUUUUGUUUUCGUCCCUAUCCCAUGCUGACUUGGAUGUUUUGGUAAAGGCGUUCGAUUUUCAAAAUGCUAGCGCUGGCGAUGUAAUAAUCAAGCAGGGUGAUGAUGGAGAUAAACUAUUCAUCAUUGAAUCUGGAUCUGCAGAUUUCACCAAAAAAUCCCUACACUCUGAAGAAGUCAAAUUCCUUUGCACUAUGGAUGAUGGCCAGUAUUUUGGCGAGUUAGCAUUAAUGUACAAUACUCCAAGGGCUGCUACAGUAGUAGCAAAGACUGACAUGCGUCUAUGGACCCUAGACAGGGGUACAUUCAAUCAUAUUGUCAGAGACGCUGUGGUAAAGAAGCGCGAGAGAUACGAUAAGUUACUUUCAAACGUCUCCUUGCUGGCAAAGGUUGAUCCAUACGAUCGUUGCAGACUUGCAGAUGCGCUGAUUGAAAAGACGUUCAAUGAUGAAGUCAUCAUCCAAGAAGGAGACGCCGGUACAAGUCUAUUCAUGAUCCUAGAAGGUAAAGCUGAAGCAUAUUGUCAAGGAAAGCUAGUCAAAUCAUACUCUAAAGACGAUUACUUUGGAGAAAUUGCACUCAUCAAGCAAACUCCCAGGGCAUCCACAGUAAAAGCAAAGGGUCAAUGCAUAGUAUGCGAGCUGGAAAGAGAGAGUGUGAUAAACCUACUAGGGCCACUGGAAGAGGUGCUUGCCAAAAACAUCAAGGAAUAUAAAAAGGUACUCGCAGAACUAGGCAUAUCAAAUAUACACCUAAGAGACUAA